UGUCCCUCUCGGAUUCGAGCCACGUGUGGGCACGAAUCUAAAAGCAACGGUAUAAAAGAGCGGCGCCGGCGAAGCCGUAGACCGGCGGCGAGCAACGACGGCGGGCGGCGAGGGGGCUCGCGCGGGAGGGUUAUCCGUGCGCCAUUGCUGUUUCUUCGUACCCUGUUUGAUCGCCUGAGCAAGCCCAAGCCAAAACCCUACUCUAGCUAUCUUCCGUUCCGCCGUGAUGGCCGGCGAUGCCGAUUCCGGUGGCCUCCCGGGGGGCGAGGCGGCGGAGGAGAUGGGGAUGGGCGGCGAGGAGGAGAGGGUUGCGACGCUGCUAGGGAUCGCGGAGGAGUGCGACACGGAGGAGGAGCUCCGGCUGCUGCUGCGGGGGAAUCCCCACCCCGUCUGCUACGACAGCUUCCUGCCCUGCGACCGCAUGACCAUUGCCCAGGGUGUUUUGAAAGCAAUACAUGUGAGAAAAAUGGUAGAAGCUGGAUGCAGAGUAAAAAUCUGGAUAGAUGAUUGGUCUGCCUUCCUGAACAACAAGCUGGGAGGUGACAUGGAAAAAAUCCAGACUGUUGGCCGCUACAUGAUAGAGGUCUGGAAAUCCAUUGGUAUGAACCAUGAUGGGGUAGAAUUUCUUUGUUCAUCGGCUGAGAUCAAUAGUCGGGCAGAUGAAUAUUGGCCACGUGUCAUGGGUAUUAGCACACACCGCAAGAUUGGAGUUGUGAGGGAGCUCAGGGAAUGCAAAAAGCCUACUGCCCAGUUCUUCAACCCUUGCAUGCAGUGUGCUGGCAUAUUCUUCCUAGAGGCAGACAUUUGUCAGAUGGGCAUGGAUCAGCAUGAGGUCAACAAGCUAGCAACAACGUAUUCUGAUAACAGACAGGAAAAGAAGCCAAUUAUUCUGUCACACUACUUGCUCCCUGGCUUGAAAGGGCAGAACAAGAUGUCUGCUAGUGAUCCAGCAUCAGCCAUCUUCAUGGAUGAUGAGAAGGCUGAGAUAGAUUUAAAGAUAAAACAGGCUUUCUGCCCUCCAAAGAUUGUCAAGGGAAAUCCAUGUAUUGAGUACAUAAAAUACAUCAUUUUUCCUUGGUUUGGCAAAUUUGAGGUGGUCCGGAAGGCUAAAAAUGGUGGAAACAAGACAUUUAUGAGCGUGGAAGAACUAGUCAUGGACUAUGAGAGUGGUUCCUUGCAUCCUGCUGAUGUAAAGCCUGCUCUGAAAGAAGCAAUAAACCAAAUAUUGAAACCUGUCCGUGAGCACUUUGAAAACAACAAGGAAGCCAAAUUCUUGCGUGAUACAGUUAAGGGCUACAGCGAGGUCAAUAGUGAAUAAGGUCUUCCGAAAAAGGAAGAUAGUGAAGAGGAAGCUAAAUGCUAAAUUAUAGACGUGUCUCACGUUGGAGGCUAGCCAAAAUCCGAUUGAGCAGGCAAAGGACACCUAAACUGUUGGGCUGACUUAGCAGAUUGGCACAUUUUUAGUAGGAAGUUAAAAGAGUUGUAUAUACUCGACCAACAAUUGUACAAAGGCCUUGCUUAAAUACACUCCUCUUUUAGAAAACUUUACUGAUUUCAAUGCAAAGCAGCUAAUUUUAGGUGAGAGAAAUGUGUAAUAUGAUAAACACAAACUGAAGAUUAGAUCUUGACAUAGUCAUAUUAUAUAGUUAUAGAUAUAGAUGUAGAUAAAGAUUUUAAUAUUAGAUAGGGAGCAGAAUACCAAUACUUUGCUCUAUGAUUGAAGUGUCGUGAUUGCACUUGUGAAGCACAUUUCUAGGCUCUAGGACAGUAUGAGAUUUGUGGAGAUGAGAAAUAUGGAUGUCAGCUUCAGGCAGAGAUGCUCACAACUCAUACCUGUACUGUGACUUUUUGAGUUUGUGGUUGUUUCUAAA